CAGCCACCCGAGCACGGACAGUUCUCCUACUGGCCGCACACACAGCGCGCCAGAGUCCGCACGCGAGCGCCGACCGUGGAGCGAAGGGAAGGCGCGCCGAGUGCUGGUUUGAGUGUGUGAGCGUGUGAGUGUGUGAGCGGCGGGGAGGAGGUGCGGAGAGCUACAGGUUUUCUGCUUUGCUCCGAGGCAAAGUAGACUGUCAUGGACUUCAGAGGAGGUGGUGAAAGAGAAGAAAAGAAGUAGAACAUUUUGUUCUUAGUUUUGUUUGGGAAAAACUCCGCCACCCCUGCACACAGCACUGCCUUUUCUGUGGAGAACAGAGGGAGUGAGAUAAAAAAAAAAAAAAAAAACUCCUUUCCAAACUUUGAUACCCUGGAGUGCCUUGUUGAUAUGCGUUAGCAGAGGACGACAACAGGGAUUUUAAACAGACAAAGGUGGACUUUGUCGACUCUUUCCCCACGCCCGCUUCUGACUGAGAGAGCACACUCUACAGGUAUUGCGCCUUGCUGUCGCUGUGCUAUGCUGGAAAGCCCCCCAGGCACUAAAACCAGAGCCUGAGCCUGAGCCAAAUCUGAGCUUUUUCUCCCGGGGGGAACUAUGGAGUUUGACCUGCGAGACCGAGAGCCUUGCCUGUCCCCAGCUGCCUUCGUUAACCAGGUGCAGUACUCCAACAUCCUUGAGGGGAGGUUCAAGCAGCUGCAAGAUGAGCGUGAGGCGGUGCAGAAGAAGACCUUCACCAAGUGGGUGAACUCCCACCUGGGCCGUGUCACCUGCCGCAUAGGAGACCUCUACACUGACCUGAGGGAUGGACGCAUGCUCAUCCGCCUCCUGGAGGUGCUGUCUGGGGAGCAGCUGCCGAAGCCCACCAAGGGCCGCAUGCGUAUCCACUGCCUGGAGAACGUGGACAAGGCCCUGCAGUUCCUCAAGGAGCAGAAGGUGCACCUGGAGAACAUGGGCUCCCACGACAUCGUGGACGGAAACCACCGCCUCACCCUGGGCCUCAUCUGGACCAUCAUCCUGCGCUUCCAGAUCCAGGACAUCAGCGUGGAGACCGGGGACAACAAGGAGAAGAAGUCUGCCAAGGAAGCCCUUCUGCUCUGGUGCCAGAUGAAGACCGCAGGGUACCCCAACGUGAACGUGCACAACUUCACCACCAGCUGGAGAGACGGCCUGGCGUUCAACGCCAUUGUGCACAAACACAGAUCGGACCUCAUCGAGUUUGACACCCUCAAGCGGUCCAACGCCCACUACAACCUCCAGAACGCUUUCAACGUGGCGGAGAAAGAGCUGGGCGUCACCAAGCUUCUGGACCCAGAAGAUGUGAAUGUGGACCAGCCGGAUGAGAAGUCCAUCAUCACCUACGUGGCCACUUACUACCACUACUUCUCCAAGAUGAAGGCCCUGGCCGUGGAGGGCAAGAGGAUCGGCAAGGUGCUGGACUACGCCAUCGAGGCCGACCAGCUGAUAGACAAGUACGAGACCCUGGCGUCGGAGCUGCUGCAGUGGAUCGAGCAGACCAUCCUGACCCUCAACGACCGGCAGCUGGCCAACUCCCUGAGCACCGUGCAGAACCAGCUGCAGGCCUUCAACACCUACCGCACCGUGGAGAAGCCCCCCAAAUUCACAGAGAAGGGGAACCUGGAGGUUCUGCUGUUCACCAUCCAGAGCAAGAUGAGAGCCAACAACCAGAAGGUCUACAUGCCCAGAGAGGGAAAGCUCAUCACUGACAUCAACAAGGCCUGGGAGCGCCUGGAGAAGGCGGAGCACGAGCGCGAGUUGGCGCUGAGGAACGAGCUGAUUCGCCAGGAGAAGCUGGAGAUGCUCGCCGCCCGCUUCGACCGCAAGGCCGCCAUGAGGGAGACCUGGCUGAGCGAGAACCAGAGGCUCGUCUCCCAGGACAACUUUGGCGUGGACCUGGGGGCGGUGGAGGCGGCCACCCGCAAACACGAGGCCAUCGAGACGGACAUCGGGGCGUACGGCGAGCGCGUGGCCACCGUGGAGUCGGUGGCCCGCGAGCUGGAGGCGGAGGGAUACCACGACGUGAGGCGCGUGCUGGCGCGGAGGGAUAACGUGCUGCGGCUGUGGGACUACCUGAAGGAGCUGCUGGCGGCGAGGAGGGAGAGGCUGCACGCCCACAGGGACCUGCAGAGGCUGCUGCAGGAGAUGCGCUACAUCAUGGACUGGAUGGGAGACAUGAAGGGCCGUCUGCAGUCCCAGGACAGCGGGAGGCACCUGCACGACGUGGAGGACCUCCUGCAGACGCACACCCUGGUGGAGGCAGACAUCUCGGGCCAGGCGGAGAGGGUCCGCGCCGUGCAGGGCGCCGCCCAGCGCUUCACCUCCGACGAGCAGGUGUACAAGCCGUGUGAGCCCGCGCUGGUGGACGAGAAGGUGACUCUGCUGGGCCAGGCCUACGACGAACUGGGCCAGCUGGCCGGCGAGCGGCGGGAGCGCCUGGAGGACUCCCGCCGGCUGUGGCAGUUCCUGUGGGAGCUGGGCGAGGAGGCGGCCUGGAUCCGGGAGCAGGAGCAGAUCCUGGCGGCGGGAGACUGCGGGCGCGACCUCACCUCGGCCCUGCACCUGCUCAGCAAGCACGAGGCCUUCAGGGACGAGAUGGCGGCGCGCUACGGCCCGCUGAGCAACAGCAUCGCCUCCGGGGAGACCCUGGUGGAGGAGGGGCACGUCGGGGCGGCCGAGGUCACCGAGAGGAUCCGGGACGUCCGAGAACAGUGGGCACACCUGGAGGAGACCUCCCAGCUGAGGGAGCAGAGCCUGAAGGAGGCGUCGGCCAUGCACCAGUUCCAGACGGACGCCAACGACAUGGAGGCGUGGAUCAUGGAGACGCUGCGGCAGGUGUCCAGCCAAGAGGUGGGCCACGACGAGUUCUCCACCCAGACGCUGGCCCGCAAGCAGAGGGAGGUGGAGGAGGAGGUCCAGAGCCACCGGCCCCUCAUCGACUCCCUGCACGAGCAGGCCCAGAGCCUGCCCCAGGCCUACACGCACUCCCCUCAGGUGGAGGGGCGCCUGCCCGCCAUAGAGCAGCGCUACGAGGAGCUGGCGUCGCUGUCGGCGUCGCGGCGGCAGGCCCUGGAGGGGGCGCUGGCCCUCUACCGCAUGUACAGCGAGGCGGGGGCCUGCCAGCUGUGGGUGGGGGAGAAGGAGCAGUGGCUGGACAGCAUGGAGAUCCCCACCAAGCUGGAGGACCUGGAGGUGGUGCAGCAGAGGUUUGAGACGCUGGAGCCCGAGAUGAACAACCUGGGCACUCGCAUCACGGACGUCAACCAGGUGGUGGAGCAGCUGCUGGGAUCGGAGAGCCGCAGCAAGGAGCAGAUUCACCAGACGCAGGACCAGCUCAACGACAGGUGGAAGGAGUUCCAGCGGCUGGCGGAGCAGAAGAAGCAGGACCUGGAGUCUGCCCUGAACAUCCAGAACUACCACCUGGAGUGCAACGAGAUCCAGACCUGGAUGAGGGAGAAGACCAAGGUGAUCGAGUCCACCCAGAGCCUGGGCAACGACCUGGCUGGGGUCAUGGCCCUGCAGCGCAAGCUCACCGGCAUGGAGAGAGACCUGGAGGCCAUUCAGGGUAAGCUGGAUGACCUGAGGCAGGAGGCGGAGAAGCUGGCCCGGGAACACCCCGAGCAGGCGGAGGAGAUCCACGCCCGCCUGGGAGGCAUCCAGGAGGUGUGGGAGGAGCUCAACGCCACCAUGAAGCGGCGGGAGGAGUCGCUGGGCGAGGCCAGCAAGCUGCAGGGCUUCCUGCGCGACCUGGACGACUUCCAGUCGUGGCUGUCGCGCACGCAGACGGCCGUGGCGUCCGAGGACAUCCCCACGUCGCUGCCCGAGGCCGAGCGCCUGCUCGCCCAGCACGAGAGCAUCAAGAACGAGGUGGACAACUACAAGGAGGACUACGAGAAGAUGCGUGCACUGGGGGAGGAGGUGACCCAGGGCCAGACGGACGCCCAGUACAUGUUCCUGGCGCAGAGGCUGCAGGCGCUGGACACGGGCUGGCACGAGCUGCGCCGCAUGUGGGAGAAUCGCCACAGCCUCCUGGCCCAGGCCUUCGACUUCCAGACGUUCCUGCGCGACGGGAAGCAGGCGGAGAGCUUCCUCAACAGCCAGGAGUAUGUGCUGUCCCACACCGAGAUGCCCUCCAGCCUGCAGGGGGCAGAGGAGGCCAUAAAGAAGCACGAGGACUUCCUGACCACCAUGGAGGCCAGCGAGGAGAAGAUCACCGGCGUGGUGGAGGCCGGCCGCCGCCUCGUCAGCGACCUCAACACCAACUCCGACAAGAUCGAGGAGAAGGCCGACUCCAUCCAGGAGAGACAUCAGAAGAACAAGGAGGCUGCUAACGAGCUCCUGGCGAAACUGAAGGACAACCGUGAACUUCAGGACUUCCUCCAAGACGGACAGGAGCUCUCUCUCUGGAUCAACGAGAAGAUGCUGACCGCCCAGGACAUGUCGUACGAUGAAGCCAGGAACCUCCACAGCAAGUGGCAGAAGCACCAGGCCUUCAUGGCCGAGCUGGCCUCUAACAAGGACUGGCUGGACAAAAUGGACAAGGAGAGCCAGGCGCUGGUGAAGGAGAAGCCCGAGCUGCAGCCGGUGGUGCAGCAGACGGUGGAGGGCCUGCAGGCGCAGUGGGAGGAGCUGGAGAGCACCACGCUCACCAAGGCGCAGUGCCUGUUCGACGCCAACAGGGCGGAGCUGUUCACCCAGAGCUGCUCGGCCCUGGACGGCUGGCUGAAGAACCUGGAGGGCCAGCUGCAGAGCGACGACUUCGGCAAGGACCUGACCAGCGUCAACAUCCUGCUCAAGAAGCACCAGAUGCUGGAGCACCAGAUGGAGGUGCGUGAGAAGGAGGUGCAGUCCCUGCAGUCCCAGGCCCUGGCCCUGGCCCAGGAGGACGCGGGGCUGGCCGAGGUGGACGGCCAGCAGAGGCGCGUCACCGACAGCUUCGGCCAGCUGCAGGAGCCGCUCAAGCAGCGGCAGCAGAGGCUGCUCGCCUCCAAAGAGGCCCACCAGUUCAACCGAGACCUGGAGGACGAGAUCCUGUGGGUGAAGGAGAGGAUGCCACUGGCCAACUCCACAGACCAUGGCAAGGACCUCCCCAGUGUGCAGCUGCUCAUCAAGAAGAACCAGACCCUGCAGAAGGAGAUCCAGGGCCACCAGCCGCGCAUCGACGACAUCCAGGCCCACCGGCGGAACCUGGCCCCGGGGCAGGAGGAGGUGGACGGGGAGAGGCGGUCGGCCCUGGAGGGCCGCCUGGCCGAGCUGAGGGACCUGUGGGCCCAGCUCAUCGCCGAGACGGACGAGAGGCACGUGCGCCUGGUGGAGGCCAACCGCGCCCAGCAGUUCUACACGGACGCGGCCGAGGCCGAGGCCUGGAUGGGGGAGCAGGAGCUGCACAUGAUGUCGGAGGAGAAGGCCAAGGAUGAGCAGAGUGCCAUGGUGAUGGUGAAAAAGCAUCAAAUCUUGGAACAGGCCCUGGAGGACUACGCCCAGACCAUCCACCAGCUGGCCAACAGCAGCCGCCUCAUGGUCACCAGCGAGCACCCCGAGAGUGAGAGGCUCACCCUACGGCAAGCCCAGGUGGACAAGCUGUACGCGGGGCUGAAGGACCUGGCGGAGGAGCGUCGCGGCCGCCUGCAGGAGAGGCUGAGGCUGACCCAGCUGAAGAGGGAGGUGGACGACCUGGAGCAGUGGAUCGCUGAGAGGGAGGUGGUGGCCGGCUCCCACGAGCUGGGCCAGGACUACGAGCAUGUCACGAUGCUGAGGGACAAGUUCCGGGAGUUCGCCCGGGACACCAGCAACAUCGGGCAGGAGCGCGUGGACGGCGUCAACGGGCAGGCGGACGACCUGAUCGAGUCGGGCCACCCGGAGAACGCCACGGUGGCCGAGUGGAAGGACGGGCUGAACGAGGCGUGGGCCGACCUGCUGGAGCUGAUCGACACGCGCACGCAGAUGCUGGCCGCCUCGUACGAGCUGCACCGCUUCCACCAGGACGGCCGCGAGGCGCUGGGCCGCGUGAGGGAGAAGCGCGAGGCGCUGCCCUCGGAGCUGGGCCGCGACCUCAACACCGUCCAGCACCUGCACAGGCAGCACACGGCCUACGAGCACGACAUCCAGGCCCUCAGCGGCCAGGUGAACCAGGUGCAGGAUGACGCGGCUCGCCUGCAGAAGGCCUACGCCGGGGAGAAGGCGGAGGAGAUCCACCGCAGCGAGCGCUCCAUCACCGAGGCAUGGGAGGGCCUGCUGGGGGCCGGACAGGCUCGCCGGCUCCUCCUGCUGGACACGGUGGAGAAGUUCCGCUUCUCCAACAUGGUGCGCGACCUCAUGCUGUGGAUGGACGGGGUCAACCUGCAGAUCGACGCCCACGACAGCCCCAGGGAUGUGUCCUCGGCUGGACUGGUCAUCGCCAACCACCAGGACAUCAAGUCUGAGAUCGAGACCCGGGCGGACAGCUUCACCGCCUGCUAUGAGAUGGGCAACACUCUCAUCAACAACAACCACUACGCAGCCGACGAGAUCAGGGAGAAGCUGGACCAGCUCCAGGGACGGAGGGCUGAGACCAACAAGAAGUGGCAGGACAAGAUGGACCACCUCCAGAUAGUCCUGGAGGUGCUGCAGUUCGGCCGGGAUGCCUCUGUGGCCGAGUCGUGGCUGGCGGGCCAGGAGCCCCUGGUGCGGGCGGGGGAGCUGGGCGCCAACGUGGACGAGGUGGAGAGCCUGAUCAAACGCCACGAGGCCUUCGAGAAGCUGGCCCACGGCUGGGAGGAGCGCUUCGUCCUGCUGGAGAAGCUCACCACGCUGGAGGAGCAGGAGCGCCAGCGGAGGAUGGAGGAGGAGGAGAGGGCGAGGCGGCCCCCCACACCGCCCCCCACGGAAGUGGCCCCGUCCGAGGCCGAGAGCCAAGCACAUGAAUCUGCUGCCAGGACCAGCCUGGACCAGACCACCCUGAACCAGUCCGUAUCCGUGAAUGGAGUCCACAGUGACCAGGACACGUCCCAGUCCUUAUCAGUGUCGUUGUCAGUGGGAAAGAAAGCCCAGCCUAAGCCCGUCUCUAAGCCCAAGCAGCUGGAGCGUGGCUCUGAGACGGACUCUGUGAACGGGCCGGGUCGAGACAGCGGCCUGGCCUCCUCCAGGCUGGACCCGUCGGCCACGCUGCCCAGCAGGGGCGGGGCGGAGCCGGGCCCCAACGCCAUGGAGGGCAUGCUCUGCCGCAAGCAGGAGAUGGAGUCACACAACAAGAAGGCAGCUACCAGGUCCUGGCAGAACGUGUACUGCGUCCUGCGGAAGGGAAGCCUGGGCUUCUACAAGGACAACAAGAGCGCGUCCAACGGGAUCCCCUACCACGGGGAGGUGCCCGUCAGCCUGGGGGAGACCGUGUGCGAGGUGGCCAACGACUACAAGAAGAGGAAACACGUGUUCAAGCUUCGGCUAGGAGAUGGGAGAGAGUAUCUGUUCCAAGCUAAGGACGAGGGGGAGAUGAGCUCCUGGAUCCGCUCCAUCCAGGCCAUCAUCCCACCGGUGGGGUCAGGGGACCACUCUCCCGUGGGCCCCCGGGCCCUGAGCCGAGCCAUGACCAUGCCCCCCAUCUCCCCCAGCUCGGCCGAGACCGGGGGCGUCACCAUGCGCAACAAGGACGGCAAGGACAAGGACCGCGAGAAGAGGUUCAGCUUCUUCGGCAAGAAGAAAUAAAAACAUUUGGCGUUGAGGGGGGAAAUAACACGCCGACUUCAACCCAAACAAUAUUUGUCAAAAAAAUUCCAACAAACUGAAACAGGGCAGAAAGGAAAGGAAAAAGCGCUCGUGUCGCAUAAAACGCUUUGCUGCCGGCCUCAGUCCUGAGGAGUCUCAACAACUACAACAGGCAGAGCUUGCUCUCUCUUUCUAUCUCUAUUCAUUUGUCAGUUAUUUCCCUUUAGCUAUCUGGAACCGUCUCCACAUCCAGCAUCACCCCUAGUACUCCUCUGUCCAUGGCUUUCGUGAGUUUUAGGCUUUGGGCCAACAGAGUUAUAUUGGCCUGACUCACUAGUAGAUAACGAGGGGUUUCUGGUGGAAGCAGGGACAGUCACCUCGUCUCUGGCCAAGAGAGAGGGAGGCUCCCUCCAGUCAGAUCCCCCCCCCCCCCCACACUCUAGAUCCGGUUUGGGUUGAGUUAGCUGUGUCAGCCUGUCUGGAGACAGGCAGCUUACUUCAAUGCUGUUUAAGUGGCAACCGAGAGAGCGACCAUGGCACACGGUGCUAUGGCAGGUUCCAUCUAUACCUGUUCUCUCAUCUCUCCUUCUCUUUCUCCUUCGGAAGGACCACAUCGAUUUGUUUUUGUUUUGGUAUUGAUGUUAAUAACUUUACCAAUAUUAUUGCUGUUAUUUUAUUUAUCUUUUUUGCUGUUGCAGGUUUGAGAAAAGAUAUUAUUUAAAAAGAGUUUGUCAGUAGAAAUCUUGAGUAACGUUGAGGAGGAGAAAGAGAGUUUUGGAUGAGCGUACGAGACCACGUUGGUCUUGAUUCUGUUUGUUUUGUUAUCUUUUUUUUUUCUUGGAAGGAAAGUUCUGAGGCGUUUUUAAAAACGGUACAUUUUAGCAGUGUGCAGUAAGUAAUCAUCAGUGGGGAAAAUGACAAAUAUAUAUUUAAAGUGGUUUUAUUUUCAAUUUUAUCUCAACUCUUACUUGUAUUUGAUUUUAUUCUUCUUCUGAGGGAUUAAUUCUGCAUUGAUUUGGAGUUGUUUCUUUAUAAAGCAGAGAGGGUUAGUUUUCUAGUAAGGGUGAGUGUGAGAUGUGGUGCUGUUGGUUUUGCACGUUUUCUGUAACUCUUGAUCAGAGGCAGCAAGUUGGGUGCCACUGUUCUAUCUUUACACACACACACUCACACACAUUCACACCAACGGAAGUUAAUGGGAUGGCUUCGGAAAAAAAGAAAAAAAAAAAAUGUUUUUUGGUUUGAACAUGUAGAUGACACUGCUAAAUUGAUUAAACGUUCCUCCGGGAUGAUUUUCAGA